AUGUGUGAACAAGUAGAUUUUGAUAAUUCUCUCCUAGAAUCCCUUCGCAAUUAUCUUCUCGAUGAUCAUUCCGAGAACUACAUCGACGAUCCUAACAUUGUUGGUUUUCCAGUGUUCGGUUCCAAUGAUUUGAGUUUUUCCGCCAUCUCUGAAGAGUCGUCCAUAAAUGUCCAUCCACAAAUGAUGUCUGCUUUCGAAGGAAACUCCGGCUCUGGUGAGAUGUAUAGCAGGAGUUCCGGGUUGAUGAGUCCAUAUUUCAAGGAUGAUCCAUUCUGGCCGUUGCCUAAUGUCGACGAUUUUGAGAUCUCUAGCUUAUUACAUAGCAAUAACGACGAUAACUUUCACGUCUCCAAUUUUUCUGAUACACAAAACAUUAAUCCUAUGCAUGACCCACAAAUAUUUCUUGAAAGUUCAGCAGAUAUUCCAUGUUUACCUUCAAUGGAGGGAUUAGGAUCAGCCAUAAAUUGGGAUUUCUCAAAAGGAAACAUGAUGGCAUGUGACCAAAAGUCUCCACUGUGUAAGAAAGAAUAUAAUUCUAAAGAUGUGAAGAAUGUUGAAGCUCGCCCGUUAUCAUCUGAAAGGAAAUACCGAGGAGUGAGGCGACGGCCAUGGGGGAAGUUCACGGCGGAGAUGAGGAAUCCGGAGAAGAAAGGAGCGAGAUUAUGGCUUGGAACCUACGAUACGCCAGAGGAAGCAGCCAUGGCUUAUGAUCGAGCCGCUUUUAAGCACCGUGGGUCUCAUGCUUUGCUUAAUUUCCCGCAUUUGAUCGAUUCACACAAUGAGAAUCCAGAAAAAUAUAUGACGAAAAAGCGUAGCACAACUUCCACAUCAUCAUCUUUUUCAUUGUCGAAUAAUCCAUGGAAGAACGACUGGAAGUUUAGGAAAAGUUUCUCUGAAGAUUAACUUAAAGCCUGCAUGCAAUUAAUAAUCUUUCACCGAAAUGUAAUGAUUUCUGAUAAAAAUAUUACUACAAGUAGCUAAUGCUUUUAUAUGUUAA